AUGCUGAAAACCAACACCCUUGCAGCAGCACUCCUCAUAGCAGGAACUCUCCCAGCAGCCAUGGCGGACAAAUGCUACGCCCUCGGCUACUGGGGCAUGAACUCCGCCGGCUUCGGACCAGGCGGGACCACUUAUGCUGGAAGUGAGGGUCUCGUCCUCUACAACUCCGCCGACGAGGAGAGCGGUCGAUACGAGAAAUGUGAGCACUGGUGCAGCGGCGUCUGCGCGGACUUCAUCGAAGUCCCGACUGACAAGCUUCCCGCUGUUUUUCAAUGGGGAGCGACCUGUAGAGGUUCAGGUUUCACGUAA